AGCACAGCCGCGCGAGGCCAGAGCGUCCUAGACCUGCCGCCCCGCCCCGCCCCGUCCCGCCCCUCCUCGCCGCUCGCGUUCCGCCAUGGCACCGAAGCGCCCUGCCGCGGCCGCGGCGGCGUCGGGAUCCGCGUCCGACGCCUCCGACGCGGAGGGGGACCACCGCCACCCCCCGUCCGACACGGACCCCUCCAAGACGCCGCCGCCCAACCCUAACCCUAAGUCCUCCGCCGCGCCUUCCCCCACCCCCGCGUCCGCCUCGGUCGCGGCCGACUCCGCCGCCGCCGGAUCCGACUCCGGGGGUGCCUACGACUCCGACGCCGAGGCCCGCCGCCGCGCCGCCCCGAGGGCCGCGUCGCCCAAGCUCAGCGGCGGCGGCAAACCCAAGCCGCGCUCCCCCGGCAUCAACUCUGACUCCGAAGACUCCGCCCUGCCGGCAGCCUCCGACGCCGACCUCGACCCUGCUGCCGGCGUCGACUCCGACGACGACAACGCCUCGCCGCUCCGCCCCGCUCGCCACUCCCGCUCCGAGGCCGCCAUCAUCAAGCCCAUCAGCUCCCGCCCCAUGGACCCGCCUCGCCGUGGUGGUGCCCCCGCCUCCGAGCCGCGCGUCAAGCGCCCACGCAGCGCCGCCGUGGUGGCACCAACCCCGGAGCAGAUGAAGCGGCCCUCGCGGCUUUGGAGCCCUGGGGACGAGCUUGUCAUCCUGCGGGGCCUCGCCACGUACCGCGCCAAGAGCGGCGUGCUCCCUGGUUCGACCAAUGACAUCGGUAAGCUCCACCGCCACAUCCGUGGCCAGCUCAGUGUUAAGGUAUCCACCACGCAGCUCAGUGAUAAGGUCCGGCGGCUCAAGCAGAAAUACCAGGUACUUGUCACCCGUGCUAAGAAUGGGCGGGACCAGGAUUUCCCCACUCCGCAUGACCAUAGCAUCUAUGAGCACGCCAAGAAGGUUUGGGGGGCAAGGAUUGGUGAUGGAGGAGGUGCUGGGUCCGAGAAUGCUGGUGGUGGUGAUAGUGAGGAGGUGCAAGAUAGUGGUGAUAGCGAUCAGGAUAUGGAGAGUGGGCGGGAUGACCGUGACCGCAGCAAGAACCGGAAGUUGAGGCCGGUUACCAUGGCAAAUGGGAAUGGAAUUGGACUUGGGGCUGUUAAUGCCAAUGGCAAAGGGAAAAGUGAGUUUGAGAAGGGGAAGGAUGCAUAUCCCUACCUCUGGGAGACUGUUGAGGAGCUGUCCAGGGAGCAUCCAAGUGGUGCGGCCUUCAAGAAGGCAUUUGAGGUUCUUGAAGGAUCCAAAGCGCAUGUGAUGGAGGAAAAGCUGCGGAAGUUUAGGUUGACGGAGAUCAGACAGCAGCUGCGUCGGAUGGACCUGAUGAAGGAAACAGUGAAGAUGGUGCUUGAUACUCUUGAGAGCACCGACUGAGUAAUGGCUGGGUCUGUGGUGAGCAUUAGUACAUUGUUGAAAGGGGGAAAUCAGACUCUUUUUGUCUAGAUAGAUGUUAUGUGGUUAAUUACUUACUUCCAUUGACAAGGUUGCCGUUGCCUCAAUCAAAAAUUAGGCUUAGAACAAGGAGUGAUGGUCUUCUUGUUAUUCUCUGUGGAUUAUUGUAUUUUGUGUUUCUUAGGUGCUAACUUAUGCAUUAUAUGCUAUACCGUUUGUGCUUAUUUAAAUCAGGGUCCAUGCAUCUUCAUUUUGAA